UUCUUUAUCAGACUCAAGUUUAACACCCCCAAAGGAAUCCACAAUGUUAGCAUUCUCCCCUCCAUUGUUUCCAAUCCUUGGAUGGCCCUUGGAGGAUCCCAUAAGCCAUGCACAGAACUACAUAUAUGGAGAAACAGAAACUUCAGAAUCGUUUCUUCACUUGCCCUCAUCUCAGCCACAGGUGGAACUCAAUUGCUCCACCCCAUAUGCAGCCGUUAGUGGUAAUCCCACGAUGGUUAAGAAACUUAACCACAACGCCAGUGAGCGGGGUCGUCGGAAGAAGAUCAACAACUUGUACUCCUCUCUGCGUUCACUAAUUCCAUCAGCUGAUCAAGCGAAGAAAUUAAGCAUUCCUUCGACAGUUUCACAUGUGCUAAAAUACAUACCAGAACUGCAACGACAAGUGGAGAGAUUGAUCCAGAAGAAGGAAGAGUUUUUAUCAAAGAUUUCUAGGGAAGGAGAUCUAAUUCACCUAGAAAAUCAAAGAAAUGGCACACUUGGAAGCUCUUUAUCUGCUGUUUCAGCAAGAAGGCUUAGUGACAGGGAAAUUGUGGUUCAGAUAUCCACAUUUAAGGUCCAUGAGAGUCCACUUUCUGAGGUUUUGUUAAAUUUGGAGGAGGAUGGGCUUCUUGUAAUUAAUGCAUCAUCCUUUGAGUCCUUUGGAGGGAGGGUCUUCUACAACUUACAUCUUCAGGUUGAAGGAACUCAAGGAAUGGAGUGUGAAUUGUUGAGUGAGAAGCUACUUUCAUUGUGUGAAAGAAGAGAGGCUUUUCCAUGAAAUGUAGGCUCUAACAAGCUAACCAAAGAGUUUUUGUAAUGAAGGAAGCACAUGUAUAAAAAAUUAAUAUAGAAAAAUAUGCAAUAAUUUCACAUGUUGCCCAUGUCA